AUGGGAAACUCCACAAGCAAGAAGGAUCAAGUGGAUAGUAAAUACACAAAUGUUGCAGGAAUAUAUAAGGAUUGUGAAUGGGAUGCAAAGGUCAUUCGAAAGCUGAUCGUAGAGAAGAAGCUAUGUCCUCUGUAUCCUUCUGUUGAAACUGAGAAUCCUUUACUAGAGGAGUGUCCUAUAUGUCUAUUGUUCUAUCCAUGUUUGAAUCGAUCAAAGUGUUGCAAGAAGGGUAUAUGCACAGAGUGUUACUUGCAAGUCAAGAAGCCAACUGUUGAUGCCAGUACUGUAAUAUGUCCAUUUUGUAAUCAACCAUCAUAUUCGGUACUGUACACUGGACCCCUAUCAAGGGAGGAGCUUCAAAAGGAUGAGCAGGAACAGCAAAAGGUCAUAGAGUUGACGAUUCAGAUGAAGCGAGAGGAGAUUGAGAAGGCGCUGAAGGAGGGCAAGGACAAGAAGAAUAAUACGCAGCAAUCUCAACAGCAACAGCAGUCUCAGCCGGCUACUGCUCGUCUUCCACUGGUGCCACCACCCAUUGUCUACGCCCCACCUCCACCCUCCACGUACACGCCACCCAAGCCUGUACCACCCAACCCAAGCGUGGCUCGCUUCCAGGAUCUGUUGCACAAUGGGUCCUAUUCAGAGACAGAGAUUGAGGAGCUGAUGGUCAUGGAGGCGAUCAGAAUAUCUUUGAUCCCACCGCCUCCAGAGAACCAGGAGGGCUUUACAAAUAUCAAGAACAAUGUCAACAACAACAAGGUGGAUGAUCAGUCUAAUGUGGAGCUACAGCAGCAGCAGCAGCAAGCACAGGAGCAGCGUGAGGAGAGUGAUGAACAGGAUGACCAAGUUGUCAACAAUAAUGUGGAUGUCAAAGUGGAGACAGAUGUAGAUAAUAGAAACAACAACAACAGUGUACAUAACAACAACAACAACAACAAUGUAGAUACAGCCCAAUCAUCACCAGAAGACACCGAUAACAAUGCUAACAACGACGACAAUGACAACGACAACAACAAUAAUGACAACAAAGAUAAUGACAACCACGACGACAACAACAACACACUAUCCCCAACUCGCACACCUCCCAUACCUAUAACCGCAUCGAUACUGCCCUCUCUGAAGACACACCUGAACGAAUCAUCACACGACGAUAGUAGUAGCAGCGAUCGUUUCUUCCAGUCCAACUGCGCGACUGUCUCCACGUCCGUUGUGGACGAUCACAGCAACCUGGACAUGCUCGACCUGCGCAGCGAGAGCUCGAUCCUUAGUCGCGAAGAGAUGCUCACAGCGCAGAACGUGGACGACUUUUUGCACGAGGAGAUGGACGUCCUGCAGGUGCCCUUUGACGAGCGCUUCCGCAACCAAGCGUCCCACUCUAGACACUCUUCAAGUAGCAGCAUGUCUGAUCAUCUCUCGUCCAAGUCAUCAUCAUUGUUUAAGAACAGCUCCAUCAACAGCAGCACGGGCAGUCUGGGCUCCAAGGGCCGAUACAAACCAUCCUCUCUGGCAGUCGACGACACUCCCUCGAUAUUGGGCAGAGGUGCUUCCAACACCAACAGCAGCGGCAAUAACAACAACAACAGCAACAACAAUAAUGGUAGCAACAACGACAACAACAACAACAAUAAUAUGUCUGGAAAUGAUAAGAAGGAGGACACCGAAGUCUCUCCUACGAAGGAUGAUGGAUGUGAGGAGGACUAUGACUCGAGUCUGAGCUUCGGCACGAACAAUAGCAGUGAUUUGAUCAGCAGUACGGCCAACAACAUCAAUAGCAACACCGAAUCAAUGUCGAUGAUCAGUGAGGACAACCAAUCACAGCAAUCCCAACAGCAUGCGCACCACCUACAAGACACCGACGACUCAAUCUCUGCGCGAUCCAGUGUCACGAUGAACAACGAUUGGUAG